GUUUUUUGUUCUAUCGGGGCCAAUCCGGGUGAGCUUCUCAGUGGUUCCUGAAUGAAGGAUGGUCGCCAGAAAGAACAAGGGUUCCCCAGCUGCUCUGGAAAGAUGGUAAGAUGAAGAAACGAGGCAGAACGGGAAGGGAAGAAACGGUGAAUAGGCCACAAAAUGACUAUGGUUAUUGAUGAAAAUUGAACAUACCCCAAGGACUCUGCAUGCUGAACUUGAGAAUGGAACAGAUUGAGCAACCAAAAGCAUCCCCUGAGAAAGGACUCUUGGAAAAGCUAAAGCUAUGCCUUUCAAAGAAACCGCUGCCAUCUCCCACGGAUUGGAAGAAGUUUGACCAUGACUUUGCCACGUCCACUUCCUUUCAUGGUGUGCACAAUAUUGUUCGCAACCAGAGCAGAAUUCGCAAGCUGAUCUGGUUGGCGGUGGUCUUGGGCUCAGUGUCGCUCGUCGUGUGGCAGAUCUACAGUCGCUUGGUCAACUACUUCACGUGGCCCACCACGACGUCUAUAGAGGUUCAGUACGUGGAAGAGAUCGACUUCCCGGCGGUGACGUUUUGUAAUUUAAACAGGUUCCAAACAGAAGCUGUGGCCAAAUUUGGUAUUAUUUUUUUCUUAUGGAAUAUUGUAUACAAAGUUCUCCAUUUUCAGGAAAUCAAGUCCAAUUACACUGGCUUUAAAGAAGCUGUUGAUUUUCUUGCAAGUCACCAAAACUUCAGCAUUACAGAGUUUGUAAAAAAUAAUGGUUUUUAUCUCAACAAUAGCACUCUGAUGGAAUGUGACUUUUUUGGAAAACCGUGUGGUCCACAGGACUUUGCACAUGUCUUCACUGAAUAUGGAAAUUGUUUUACUUUUAAUCAUGGUGAAAAUAUUCAAGCAAAGGAAAAAGUGAGUGUCUCUGGAAGAGGCUUAAGCUUGCUCUUCAAUGUCAAUCAGGAGGAAUUCACUGACAACCCAGCCCUCGGUUUUGUUGAUGCUGGAAUCAUCUUUGUUAUCCAUUCGCCAAAUAAGGUGCCACAGAUUGAUGGUUUAGGCUUGUCGUCACCUGUGGGAAUGCAUGCCCGGGUAACAAUCAGCCAAGUCAAGACAGUUCAUCAAGAAUACCCUUGGGGAGAAUGCAAUCCAAACAUCAAGCUACAGAAUUUUAGUACCUACAGCACUUCCGGUUGCUUGAAGGAAUGUAAAGCUCAGCACAUACAAGAACAGUGUGGCUGUUUACCUUUUCUGCUUCCUGGAAAUGGGAUAGAAUGUGACCUACAAAAGUUUUACGACUGUGUGUCUCCUACACUUGACUUCAUUGAAGUUAAGGGAUUAUGUACAAUGGGAACACAUAAUUCCAGCUGCCCUGUUCCUUGUGAAGAAACAGAAUACCCUGCUACGAUUUCUUAUUCUACUUUUCCAAGUCAAAAAGCUUUGAAGUAUCUUUCGAAGAAAUUAAAUCAAAGUCAGGAAUAUAUCAGGGAGAAUCUCGUGAACAUUGAAAUAAAUUAUAGUGACUUAAACUAUAAGAUAACUCAACAGCAAAAAGCAGUGAGUGUGUCUGAAUUACUUGCAGAUGUUGGCGGUCAACUGGGCCUAUUUUGUGGGGCCAGUAUGAUUACGAUUAUAGAAAUUAUUGAAUAUAUAUUCACCAAUUUCUACUGGAUAUGCAUUUUGUUCUUGCUGAAGAUACCCGAAAUGACACAGGGGGUUUCUCUACCUCAGCAUCAUCUGGGGAAGGGAAAUCGCAUAGAAGAGUGCUAAUGUUCAUGUAGGACAAAGCUUUUGCUCUUCUCUUCAUAAUACAUUCAAAUUUAUUCAUGGCUAAUUCAUUGUGAUGUAACUUUAUCUUAU